UUCACUGUAUUGGGCGGGUCUUGGAGGAUGAUGGACACGUCUGCUUUUAGCCAUGGUCAGAUUGUCGGAGUGGACUGACGCUGAGGAUUUUGGAAGCUGGGUCUGAGAGACACUAGAGAUUAUUUCUAAGAGGCAGCGCUUUUUUGUGUAAAAGAGUUCACUUAAAGUCAUCGCCGGGAACUUGCCACAGGUUGACUUGUCACCAUGACAACAGAAGUGAGCUCUGAGACAGAGGUGAAGGAGAAAGCUGAGGAGUCAGCUGCUCAGCUUGACCAACCGGAGAAGGCAACAGAGGAAACUCAGGAAGAAGUGAUUACGGAGGGAGAGGAGAAAGAGAAGGAGGAGAAGGAGAAAGAGAAGGAGGAGAAGGAGAAAGAAGGAAAAGAGGGAAAAGGAAUCUCCAAGUUCCUGCCAACAUGGCUUAAGAAGCCAAAGUCUCAGGCACAGGAGGCGCCACCCUCAGAGGAAGCCAUUAGUGCAGGCCAACAGGAAGGGGAGGGGCCUGUCCCAGAAGUGAAUGGUCACACAGAGGAAGUGGAAGAGAAGGAGACAGUAAAGUCAGAGCAAGUUAAGGAAACAGAAGCGGAAUCUCAUUCCAACGCCAGCGCAGACACUGAGCCUGCCAAGGAAGAAAGUGCAGAGAAAAGUCCUGAAAGGUCACAAGAGACAAAAGAAGAACAAGUGGAGGAAAAGGAAGGAAAAGAAGGAGGGCUUCGGGGUGGAGGUGGAGGAGUCGAAGGCCAAACCUCUAUCUUCCAGUCUCCUCUACGUCUGGUGAGGAAGGCCAAGAUGAAGCUGGUGGUGUGUCAAGUGGCUCUACUGGAUGGAACGGACUUCACCUGUGAGGUGGAGAAGCGUGCCAAAGGUCAGUACUUGUUCUUCAAAGUGUGUGAGCACCUGAAUCUUCUGGAAAAAGACUACUUUGGACUGACAUACAAGGACAACCACGAGCAAAAGUGUUGGUUGGAUCCAAUGAAGGAAAUAAAGCGGCAGAUACGCAGCAACAACUGGCAGUUUUCCUUCAACGUCAAGUUCUACCCUCCUGACCCGUCGCUGCUCAGUGAAGACAUAACCAGGUACCUGUUGUGUUUGCAGCUCCGUGAAGAUGUAGCCACCGGUCGACUGCCGUGCUCUUUCGUCACUCACGCUCUGCUGGGAUCGUACACGUUGCAGGCAGAAUUUGGUGACUAUGACCCAGACCAGCCUCGACCUCUGGACUAUAUCAACCAGCUCAACAUUGCACCCAGUCAGAACAGAGAGAUGGAGGAGAAGAUAUUUGAACUCCACAAGUCUCACAGGGGAAUGACACCAGCACAGGCCGACACGCAGUUUCUGGAAAAUGCCAAGAAACUGUCCAUGUACGGAGUGGACCUGCACCCCGCCAAGGAUUCCGAGGGCGUGGACCUCAUGCUGGGCGUGUGCGCCAACGGACUCCUGGUUUACAAAGACAGACUUCGGAUAAAUCGUUUUGCUUGGCCCAAAAUCCUCAAAAUUUCAUACAAGAGGAACAACUUCUACAUUAAGAUCAGGCCUGGAGAGACGGAGCAGUUUGAGAGCACGGUGGGAUUCAAACUCCAGAAUCAUCGCUCUGCCAAGAAGCUGUGGAAGGUCUGCGUGGAGAACCACAGCUUCUAUAGGUUAAACGCACCAGAACCUCCAACCAAGGCACGUUUCCUGACUCUGGGCUCCAAGUUCCGCUACAGUGGAAGAACCCAGGCUCAGACCCGUCUGGCCAGCUCCCUCAUAGACCGACCUUCUCCCACUUUUGAACGCACCUCAUCAAAACGCAUCAGUCGCAGUGUGGAUGGAGCGCCAAUGAUCAGCAUAACGGACGUUGAAAGGGACACAGCCGAGAAUGGACGUGAGCAUCGCCUGGAUCUCCACUCAGACUCUAAGAGUCCAUUGAGAGUGCAUGGGGACAAUAUAUAUGUGAGGCACAGUAAUUUAAUGUUGGAGGAUCAUGAUAAGACCCAAGAUGAGGUUCUGAAACACCAAGCUAGCGUUAGCCAGCUAAAACGCUCCUUUAUGGAGGCGCCUCCUGCCUCGCCUCCUCAAUCCAACCAGUGGGAGAAACGUCUCACCUCCUCCCCUGCUACAGCAGUACGUUUUCAGCAGCAACAAGUGAUUAAUGCACCCAGUGCGGAGGCAGCUGCAGCUGAUUGUACGAGCUCUGAUACCAAAGAACCUACAAAGACGGCCGACGUUGAAAUUGAGGAAACCAUUGUCGUCCAAGAGGUUUCCAAAGCAACCCAACCUGCACUUGUCACUGUUGCAGUCGACUCACCUGCCAUUCCACCCGCAAAGCAGGAGACCAGGGAGCAGGAAGUGAAGGUGCAGGAGGAAGCAGUGGUGCCAAAAGAGGCUGCCACAGCAAAACAGGAGAGUGUGUCGUCUGAGAGCGAGAGCGAAGAUGAAGCCGAGUAUCACCCAAAUGUCUCUGCGUCCACACAUAUGCCAGAGGUAAAGGAAGAGGAGGAAGAGGAAGACAAGGUAGAGGAAGACAAAAUGGCGGAUGAGAACAUGUCUGCUCCUGUUGUUGCUUCUCUUCCUGUUGAAAUCACUAAAGCAGCAGAAGAUGUCUGCAAAAAGGAAGAGGAAUCUAAGAGAGAGGAGGGACAAGGAGGUGUCAAGAGAAACGCAGAAAAGGAAAUGGAAGUUGGAAGAGAAUCAGAGGAAAGCACAGAGGAACCAAUGAUGACUCCUGAAGAGGUUCCUAAUGGUGUGGCCCUGGCCGAGGAUGCUGUGAUUGGAUUGGUCGGCCAUGCAGAAAAGCAGGAGCCCAAAAUGAACGGAGAAACUCUCCUGGUCGAACCUCGGCCACAGGUUAUUUGUUGCUCUGAGCCACCUGUGGUAAAGACAGAAAUGGUGACUAUUUCAGACACGUUUGCAGCCCAGAAAACUGAGAUAGCAACAAAAGAAGUGCCCAUCGUACACACGGAAACCAAGACCAUCACAUAUGAAGCAGCUCAGUUGGACGGUAAUGGUGAUGGUGAGCCAGGUGUGUUGAUGACUGCUCAGACAAUCACCUCUGAAUCUCUGUGUACGACCACGACCACACACAUCACCAAGACAUUGAAGGGUGGCCUGUCAGAGACGAGGAUUGAGAAGCGGAUUGUCAUCACUGGUGACUGUGACAUCGACCAUGACCAGGCACUGGCCCAGGCCAUUAAGGAAGCCAAAGAGCAGCAUCCUGACAUGUCUGUCACCAGAGUGGUGGUUCAUAAAGAGACUGAACUGGCUGAGGAGGAGGAUUGACAGAACUGACGGACGAACCACGUCUGUCGUCUCUUACGUUCAUCGACCUUCAUCAUCCUUGAAUAACUGACCUUGACUGACUGAAGAGCUGCAGAACGAGGGCGUCGGCAGACCUUCUCCGUCAGUCUAGCUUUUACACACAUACAUGUACUUGGUGGAUCGACAGUCAGUCUCUCUCAGACCAACUAAAAGAAUAAAUCACAUCCUCUCUGUGUUUGGGGAAAAUGGAACAGAACCACUUAAUUAGCGUAACAUUUCUAGUGUGUUUUUGUUUUUUUUAAUAGUACGGUUUUGUUUCUUUAACAGAUUGUUUUACAAAGAUAGUGUUUGUCGUAUAUUACAAAAAUCAAUUUUUAGGGAGGCACUGAUGAGCAUUGGUGUGACAUUUGUACUUCACUCGAACUAUUCGCCUGUAAUUACAGCCUAGGAUGUCCAUUAUUUUUCCAGACACAAGAAAAAAACUGUGGACAACAGAUUUUUUUUUCCAGUUUCAAAUGUGUGUGCACACUUUUGAUAUUGGAUGUAUUUACCCACAGAGACGAGGGUACAUUUUACUGCCCCUCUGCUCAUUCAAUGUUGGUGUCGAUGAACAAAUGCUUUACCUUUUUUUACAGUACUAUUUUUAGGGUCACACUAACGGUACUUGGUUUGUAAACGCGUUAACAGUCAAGCACACGUCACAAACCAGACGUAACAUUUUACUUUUUAUAAAAACUCCCAACCUGUUAGGUUAACUCUUUCAGGACAAAAAUACCCAGAUUAAUCUUCUUUGUACUUGUUAUGUCGUACUUUUACUUUAUAAAUAGUUUAUUUUUGACCCACAGUGUGAUGGCGGCUAUAAUCCAGUUCUUAUUUAUUGAACUGUUAUGAUCAUUCCUAUUGGACCACAGGGAACAAAGGCAACAUCAAUCAGACUUUUGAUUGCGAGAGAGGACGAGUAGACACACGGAUAUUUGGGAGAUUGAGGCGACAAUGGGCAACAUUGACCUUUGUCUAAAUGGGAGUCAAAAGAAAAUAUACAUAUAUGUUGUUUUUUUAAUGAUGGCCCACUUUUUAUCUUUUAUUUAUCUUGUGGGCCUUUAUCCAUUUUAAAACUCGAAACGAAACAAAAUACGCAAAUAAAUUCAUGAAUUCAUGUUCGUACACAGAUCCUGAAAUGAGGAUCUUGGGCUGUAACCUUAAGGCCUUCCUGGUCUUUAAUUACAGAUUUGCAAAACUUAACUUUUGGUCUUAGUUUGAAUUUUACUACAAUUUAUAUAGUUAUUUGAAUUGUAGCAAGAAAUUCUGCUAAAAAAAAUUGGGAGGUAAAAAAAUCAACUUUUUUCUAGGGCACAUGUAGACAGAAGGUCGCUGUAUUGGUAGCUUAGAGUGUGAUGUCAUCAGACUGAGCUCUGCUCAUACAGGACUUCUAGGUUAGACUUUGUGACUCACUCUGUGACAGUUUUCACUGCAGAUAUUUAAUGUUUCAAACGUGAAAUGGUAUCUUUUAGAGAGACUGACAGAUUUAGAUUGAAGUGUAACAGAUUAAAGGGAAAGUGCACCACACACUACAAAGUGCUAUUAAAAUCCCCUGAAUUGAAUCAUGUUUUAUUUUAGUGUUUUGUUCCUUCUCCCCCUUUACUCUAAUGUUCACUAUGAAACAACAAGUGAAAACUGGUUAUCUGGUAAUGAAAGAAGUGGCACAGAUUCAUCCCAGACACAUUCCACCUGAACCAGCCUGGAUUAGCCUUCAUCAUCCUCUGUGACUGGAUAAAAACACUUCCUAAAGUAUUGUGAGAAACACCAGACAUGGCUAAAUACCACUUUCCCCUCAGCUUUUAACGUUUUAGAUCGUUUUGUCUGUAAACUGAGGAACAGUGAGAUGAUGGAGAGGUAGGCUGGAACGCUCCAGUCUGACAUUCCAGACAAGAGCAAACUUCUGACUCUGUUUAAGGACCAAGCAGCAGAAAGAAUGGGAGUCGAACCCAGCGGUGUUAGGCAGCUUUGCAAAACUAAAAAAGUGGAAUCUGUUUUGUCCUCUCUCUUGAGUAUUUAUAAGAUGAAAAAAAUAAAACACCAUUUGAAUGUUUCUAGUUUCAGCUUCAGUCAAAUCCUGGACUCUCUUCUGUCCAGUCACAGCAGCCUUGAGGCAGUGAGGUUAGUUUUUACAAAAUGUGGUAAUAUUUUACACUUUUUAUAUGACGAACUAUAGGAAAAAAGUUGGUUAAAUUUAAGGAAGAUAACGCAACCCAGUGGCAGCUGACAGUCAGGGACCCGACAUUAAAUCAUCUGACGUCCAUAACAUCACGACCUUUGUAUAACCAGUGCACAUUCUUCGCACUCAGGCCAAAGUUUAGACAAAGGAGAUGAUACAAAAGGUUAAAACCAGCGUUGUUUAGUUCCUUUUUUUCUUACAAGCAGUUG